CGGGCUGGUAAAUAAACUCCGCGAUGAUUCCCCUCCCUCCCGCCGGCCCCAGGUGCGCGCCGCGCUCCCGCCUGCCCGCCAGCGGGAAUGACCUGACGGGGAUGUGACCGACUCCCCAGCCCACCGCCGCUUACCCCCCGCUCCCUCCGUAUAUAUAUAUAUACAUACAUACAUAGAUGAAUAUAUAUAUAUAAAUACAUAGAGAAGUCGUUCUGGGGGGAGGGGCGGGGACCUCGGAUCAUGGCCCUGGGGCUCCCGGGGCUGCCCGCCGCCGCCGCCGAUCCGCAGCUCGCCUCCGGGGCCCGACCAUGGGGCUGAAGGCUCGGCGCGGCGCCGCGGGCAGUAGCGCGGCCGGCGGGGCGGCGGCAGCGGCGGGGCGGCGAGCGGCGAGCGGCGGCGACCCCGAGCAGGGCUCGCUGGCCCUGGGUGCCGGCGGCGACCGCGACGGGACGCUGCUGCUGGAGGGCGGCGGGAAGGAGGAGGGCGGCAAGCGGAGCCCGCCGGGGCUGGGGCUGCUGGCGAAGACCCCCCUGAGCCGCCCGGUGAAGCGGAACCACGCCAGGUACCGCCGCAUCCAAACUUUGAUCUACGACGCCCUGGAACGACCCCGCGGCUGGGCGCUGCUCUAUCACGCCUUCGUGUUCCUGAUUGUCUUGGGGUGUUUGAUCUUAGCUGUCCUGACAACUUUCAAGGAGUAUGAAACUGUUUCAGGAGACUGGCUCCUCCUGCUGGAAACUUUUGCCAUUUUCAUCUUCGGAGCAGAGUUCGCCUUAAGAAUCUGGGCUGCUGGCUGUUGCUGUCGCUACAAAGGAUGGAGGGGGAGACUCAAAUUUGCCAGGAAGCCUUUGUGCAUGCUGGAUAUCUUUGUGCUGAUCGCUUCAGUGCCAGUGGUUGCUGUUGGGAACCAGGGCAAUGUUCUGGCCACGUCUCUCAGAAGCCUCCGCUUCCUUCAGAUCCUACGGAUGCUCCGAAUGGACAGGCGGGGCGGCACCUGGAAACUUUUAGGAUCAGCUAUUUGUGCACAUAGCAAAGAACUCAUCACUGCUUGGUACAUUGGGUUCCUGACGCUCAUCUUAUCCUCGUUUCUUGUUUAUCUGGUUGAAAAAGAUGUUCCUGAAAAAGAUGCUAAUGGAGUGGAGAUGAAAGAAGAGUUUGAAACCUAUGCAGAUGCACUGUGGUGGGGGCUGAUGCAGCAGCAGAUUAAAAUUAGUAAUGUCAUGUUUAGUAGGGAGUCAUUCUUUGGAUCAAGCCUCACAAGAAAACUUAGCCAAAAGCUGGGUCUCUUGGAUCGGGUUCGUGGUACCAAUACUAAAGGAAAGCUAUUUACCCCUCUGAAUGUAGAUGCCAUUGAAGAAAGUCCUUCAAAAGAGCCUAAGAAUGUUGUCUUGAAUAAUAAGGAGCGUUUUCGCACUGCAUUCCGAAUGAAAGCGUACGCUUUUUGGCAAAGCUCAGAAGAUGCAGGAACAGGGGAACCCAUGGCAGAAGACAGAGGCGACAGUAAUGAUUUUCUUAUGGAAGAUAUGAUCCCCACAUUCAAGACAGCCAUCCGAGCUGUCAGAAUAUUACAGUUUCGUCUCUAUAAAAAAAAAUUCAAGGAGACUUUGAGGCCUUAUGAUGUAAAGGAUGUGAUAGAGCAAUACUCAGCAGGGCAUCUUGAUAUGCUUUCCAGAAUAAAAUACCUUCAGGCAAGAGUAGAUAUGAUUUUUACACCUGGACCUCCAUCUACUCCCAAGCAUAAGAAAUCCCAAAAGGGAGGAGCUUUCUCUUACCCUUCACAACAGUCUCCCAGAAAUGAUCCGUAUGUAGCCAAAGCAUCUACAGCAGAUACUGAAGACCAAAGUAUGAUGGGCAAAUUUGUUAAAGUUGAACGACAGGUAAAUGACAUGGGGAAGAAACUGGAUUUUCUUGUUGAUAUGCACAUGCAUCAUAUGGAACAGCUGCAAAUACAAGUCGCUGAGAUAAGUCCAUUGAGGGAAACUGCUUCUCCUGCGAGGGAGAAGAGAGAAGAAAACAAAUACUCUGAAUUAAAAACAAUAAUAUAUAAAUACACUGAGCAGUGUGCUCGUGAAACUCCUUACAACUUCCAGCAGGUUCCAGUCAACAAAGUCAGUCCUUACGGUUUCUCAGCACGAGGUCAUAUGACUCAUUCACAACCUUUAUCAGCAGGUGGGCAAAACUCUGGCAAACUGCAAGCCACACCUUCCUCAACUUCGUAUGCAGAAAGGCCAACAGUUCUGCCCAUAUUCACGCUGAUGGACUCCCAGGUCAGCUACCACUCCCAAGGAGACCUGCAAAGCCCUUACUCAGACAAGGUGUCUCCGAGGCACAGAAGGAGCCUAACAAGAGACAGUGACACUCCAUUGUCCCUCCUCUCAGUCAACCACGAGGAACUCGAGCGCUCCCCAAGUGGCUUCAGUAUCUCCCAGGAGAGAGACGACUUCCCGUUUGGCCCCAACGGAGGAUCGGCGUGGAUGAGGGAGAAACGCUACCUGGCAGAGGGGGAAACAGACACAGACACAGACCCCUUCACACCAAGUGGCUCCAUGCCUUUGUCUUCUACAGGAGAUGGGAUUUCAGAUUCAAUAUGGACCCCUUCGAACAAGCCAGUUUAAAAGCGCGUGUGGGGGCAGUCACUGGUUGACUUCUCCGUGUAAUGUAAGCAUACUUUGUAUAUCUCACUUACUCUACACCCAAAGCUUACUAGUUCAAAACACCAAUGGCUGCAUAAGAUGCAUGUGAUAUUAGUGGUAGUCAUUCUGCACCAUUUCAUACGAUUUAAUAAUGCAGUUUUUUUCAUGCUACCAAAACUAAGGAGCUUAGUUUUGAGCAUGGUUUGCAUGACUUUACCCUAUAUAAAUGGUACAGCUGAUUUCUUCUAUGAUACAUAUCUAUCUGAUACUCUUCCAUACAACAAUGGUGAAUUGAUAACAGGCAAGAUACAGUGGUCCUUGCUACAUUUUGUAAACAGAGCAGCAAAGUAAAAAUAUUUUCAGGAGCAAUAUCCCUUUGUGGAAGCAUAAUGUAUGAAUCAUUUUCCAAUAUAAGUCAAUCAAUCUCUAACAAACCUAGCCAAGAAUUUCUAAUAUUAAAAGCAGGGAAAAACCUGAGUCAAAGUAUGACCUUAUUGAAAUGGGUUUGUGAACUAAGUGUUUCUCAUGUGAUUUCUUGUAUAAUUACCCCUGAAAUACAAUGUUGAAAUUAAUUUAAGGGUAGAAUUUUAAAUCAUCAAAGCCAGCUUCUGGGAUUAAACAUAGUUAUUUUUUCAUUGUAAAAUGUAAAUAUAAAUCCCUCAAACUACUUUGAAAAUCUUCACUAGUGCUUAUAAAAUUACUCACAGUGAGACUGCAAUGCUAUUUUAUAGAAAAUCGUUUCCUAAGUCAAUUUGUUACUUAUGGGGCCGAAUUUUCUUUCUGUUCCAAAAAUAAGGUUAUUCAGUGUAGGGAACACCAGGUUUAUACACUCCACUCUUUUAUUGACUUAUGUGCUGCUAAGUAAGGUGCAUAAUGUAACUCUGCCUCAGUUUCCCAAUCUGUUAAUUGGGAGUUAUACUUCCCCACAUAAACACAGGUUGUAAGGCUCAAGUCACUAAUAUUUGCCAAGUGCUUUGAGCUCCUGAGAUGUGCAGAAUAUCAUUAUUGUAUCUUCUCUGAGUCCUACAGUGUGGGAUGCUGCCAGGAUCUGUUUCUCUCUGUUUACUGCUUCUCUUGGAAAUAGACUGCUCCAAAACCAUGAAUGUUUGGCCAUAUUUAGGAUCAGUGUAUGAAAAAAUAAACACCAUUUUUGUCCCCUGUCCCUGAGCAGCAGAGGGGCAAGUAUGCUCCCUAAGCCUUGGCCAAAUAUUAAUUUCACAGAAAUUGGAUAUUAUAUUGAAGGAGAGCAGGAAAUUCAUUCAACCUACUGGGAAGAAAUGAAUCAAAGAUCUCAGCAGUGGGAAUGUAAUACCUGAAAAGCUAGUGAAACUAAGCCUAUCUGAACAUCCUAUGCAGGUCUUACCUGGUGUCAAUCAAGGUGUCCAUAAAAUAGCAUCCAUUUGAUUUCAAGUUUGAUGGCUGUACACUCUUUACAGCUGGUGGGAAAUAAGGCAGUACAGUCAGUGAGCACAGGGUACAAGAACCAAGGCACAUGUCAGCUUUAGGAUGAGAUUAAUCUCACCUCUGACUCAAUUAUCUACAAUGACAAAUUUCUACCAGCUUCACAGGGAGCAGAGGGUGACUUACUUAGAUGUCAAACGGUCGGAGACACCCACAGUCAGUGGGAAGGCUCUCACCUCUACCCCACUGAUCCAAGGAGCAGCCUCUCUGCCAUGGCUCCUGUCAAGAAUGACCCCUGUCACUCCACACAACAUCCAGGGCACUUUCUGUAGUGACUGCUGGUAUUACACUGCAGCUGCACAACUGAGCAUCCUUGGCACACAGCACAAGAACAUGUUAUUGGGCUUCCCAGUACUUACUGGGUAUUGAACAGCCCUGGACAGAGUGCACUUGAAUAGACAAUAUUUUGUUGCGUUUUGCCCACUAUAGGAAACUUCAUGUUCAAUUCCUCAGCAUUGUUGACAUCUCCUAAGAGUCAUUCCAUCCAGGGAGCUUCUGUUCCUUUCCAGAUGCAGGCAUUGCCUUCAUCUUCAUUGUUUAUUCUGUAUUGGAAGAGACAUCUAAAGGAUUAGGAUCUUCUUACUUCAUCUGCUUCUUCUGCUAAAUCAUGCUGCAUCCUUCUGGGAUGAAUCUUCAGGGAGAACAAAUUGCUGUUGUUAGUGGAAUAAACAAUGCAGGCCAGUUACAGCCUUUCAAGGCUGGCCUUAGUCUGUUCUGAGGCCAGUAACUAUGACAUGAGGCACAAUUUUGGUAAUUACUUAAUUGACAGAAUAGCCAUUGGCAUGUAAGAUAAUCUCUGGUGCAAUUUUUGUGGCUAAAUUUGCAGAGAAUAAAAGUAACUGACAAAUUCAUUAUAAUUUGGUAUGUUAAGAAGAAUUCUUUGGCCUUUGGUGAUUCUUGGAAAUACCUGUGUUGCACCUGCUGCAGGCUUUCUGAUACAGGAAUAGAUGCCUGUGGCAACUCAUGAGAUUUAACCCUCACAUGAAAAGAGAAUGAAAGAGAAUGAAAAAGAAUGAAAAAUUAUUUUGACAUUACUACACUUCUGAAAUUGGUGUAAGUGUAUGCUAGACAAGCCUGCUUCACUUUUCUUAUUUGACAAGGGUCUGUCAUUCCUACCGAUUUUAUCUGAGUUUGGUCCUUCUUAAAAUGCUUUCUAGAUCUGAGCAAUCAGAAAUCAAGACAGCCAAAAAGCAGGUGCAAUUUGAGAAAUUUGUUUGUGACUGUCUUUGACAGUGGCUGUGCCAUGCAGUUUCCUGUCCAAUUCCCACUUAAAUUCUUCAGUUCAAGUUUCUAUUCUUUCCCAUGCCAGGUGAUAUAAAAGGAAUCUUCCCUCAGUAUUAAACCUGGCUGAAAAUCCAUAAACAGCCUCAUUAUAAAGGUUUGUUCUUUCCAAGAGAAAAUCCAGGCAAGGGCAGAGACUUGAGUGAAUCUUCACCUGCACACAGAGUGCAGACCCAGAGAAAGCAGGAUUUGGGCUGCCUGCACUCUGUACACUUAGCAGCUCAACUGCCUUUAAAUUGUUCUGCAGCUUAAAGGCACCAGGUCAGGUUUUAGUAGCCACAUCAUGAAAUAUUUAAUGAUAUGCUAACUGGCCAGAUGAGGUCUGCCUCUUCUUAAAAAGCACUGGUGGUAAACUCAACAAGACCCUCUGCAGGGGACAUCUGUGGAUCCUGUGGAGGAGACCCAAGAAAUCGGACAAGGAAGAUCUGAUUAGCUUUUUUCCUACACACUUCUUCACACUGAAACCAGUCACUGCUCUGUUCAGAAGGGUAAUGUGCUUAGCAGCUCUCUGCCCUCUACAUCAGCUGGAUUAAAAAUAGGGUGUGCAUCAGUUCUGCUGUCUGUGCUGACAACAGACAAUGUGUCAAGGUGUCACCAGCCAGGUGAGAUCUGGAGGUCUUCCCUGUUCUGGGAUGUGCACACAAACUUCAUCAGACUGCAGUUCAGAUGAGUCUAUGGAGUGCAUCCACCUUUGAACUGCAGUUUAUGUGCCUGCCAUAGAUACUCGACAAAACAAAAUAAACUAUGAGUGACCCUUAACAAGUUAGAAGGUCAGGACUUUCUUCCCCAUGCAAUUCACAAUUUCAUUUGAGAGAGCUGUCUGGGUCAACAAUAGUCUUCACAAUAGGAAUGAAUUAGAUUUAUACCUUCUGUUUCUGUGUGAUGGUUCAGUUUAAGAGCUACCAAUGCCCUUUGGGUGAGAUCUUUCUAGCAUCUCAACUGACACUAACACUUUGUUUACAUAUGGUUAAUAUAAAAGGGAAUUGACCACUCUUUGAUGACUUAAUUCAGUCCUUGAGAUAUUUUUCAUAAUCAGAAACUGUGGAACUUUUCUCUGUUCUCCUCAAAGUCAAAAACCUUCUCAAACUGAUGCAGUGGGAGCAGGGCUGAGACCUAAUCUGCCUUUAUUUGUGAAUUUCCUUGUGAAAGACAGAACUGAUCUGGAAACAUUUUUCUUGGCUACAUUCUUAGACUGAUUUUCAGUCCCUAGUGAAUGCCACACAUCUGGAAGUUUUCAAAAAGGUGAAUCUGUGUUUACAUUGUGUGCCUCUCUUUGCAGCAUCAUUAUCAAUUGAGGUUCUUCACUUUAGAUUCAAACUGGGAAUACUUGAUUAAGACAGAAGAGAAUGUUUAGUUGAAGUACGCAGGUAUAGAAAAAUGUGAUUUAUGCUCUAUUUAGGGAGAACUUCUAACAAAAAAUCUAGGCAGGUAAUGGCUGUUGUCCCUGCCUUGGCUUUUCCCUGCACUGAAUUAAUCAGUUUAGCUCCCAUCAAAAUAAAAAGGGAAUUCAACAUGUGGAGAGAUUGAUUAAAAAGUCCCUAAACCGACUUUGGCUAUAUUUGCUCUGGUUUUAUCUGUAACUUUGCUGCAUUGUUACGGUUCAGAGGGGAAGCAGUUUAAAAUUUUCCUGCUCCAAGUUGUGGCCCAGGAGCACCACAAACCCAACCCAACCUGAACCCGUGCAUAGCGGGGCCGCUGCCUCGCGGCCUUCAGGCAAGCACCGAGGUCCAACCGGUUCGCAAGAUCACAGCCUAAAGCAGUCAGAAAAUUCAGAGUAAGGAGCAAAUCCUGCCCUGCUGGGAGCCCAGUUGCUGCAGAGCUGUCAUAUCCGCUUAGGUAAGCACUAAAUUCGUCCUUCUUUACCGAAGAGCACGUGGGAAAGAGCUGGACCUUGAUUCCUUGCACCCCACAGCCCCCACCACUGAGCUUUAGGCGCCUAAGAAGGGCAAACCUAAAGUUUUUGAAUUUGGUGGGAUAUCACUUUUUCAGGAGCCCAGCUGAAUGUGGAUGUUCACCCUGGAAGACUAUUUUCAGAGGUACAGAGAUAAAAAAGGGCCAUUUUCAAGUGUUUUUAGCUGGGCGCUGUGGGAAUGAAGAUCCUGGGUAUCACUUUUGCUUCUGAUUAUUUAGGCUGUAAGAUUUGACCCUUCCCAAUUCAGCUUUGAGUAGCUUCCCUCUGAAGUUAAGUGAAACAAAAUACUGAAAGUGGGAUCCUAUUCCAUCGUCGAGAACACGCUGGGACUGAAGGUUACAUAACAAACUGCAUUUUGUUUUCUAGUUAUGGCAUCUUAUUAUUACUAGUAUUUGUGCCUUGCUCACUGAAAUUUUCUCCAUGCUACAAAGAUGCUUUUUUCAGAUUCUGGCUGACAAGGGAACACAACUUUUAUACAAGUGGCCUUUAGUGCUCUUUAUAAUAUUAUUUAUUGUAAUUUUUAAACUGUAUGUGUAAUUUCUAUUCUGGCACUGUCCAAUAUUUGAACAACUUUAAUAUGUUUAUUUCAAUAUAUUAUGCAAACAAUACUUCUUAACUGAUUUUUUUAUGUUCUGUCUUUAAAAACUGCACCACUUAUUAAUAAAUAGAAAUUUCAAUUAU